AUGUUUGAUCUGCAUUCUCGAUUGGUCAUAUUUUCGUUGAAGACCAAUUUGAACACCAGCGUGAAAAUAUACAUGAUGAAAUCGCUGACGUUGCUGUUCGUCACGUUGCUAACACUUGUUCAACUCUCUAUCGAAAUUAGCUACGAUAGACUAGUCUACGAAGCUCUCUUGAAAAACAUAGAGCAAGAACUAGCAGAACGUGAAUUGGUUCGUGAAAUGUCACGACAAGUUCGGGCUGUAGCUGCUGCUGCUUCUGCUGUACCAUCAACGGCAACAGUAACAAAAACGUUUAACGGUGUUGAACCACGAGAAAGGCGAUCAUCUGAGAAAAAAUCCUAUCCACGAAACUGCUAUUUUUCACCGAUACAGUGCUUAUUCACACGUUCAUGA